AUGGCAGCCUUUGCACCACCUCCAACACCCAAAACUGGACUCGGCUUUUAUCGAAACCUGUCACCAACAGCCUCGGUCAGAGUUAGCCCGUUAUGCCUCGGAGCUAUGAAUUUUGGGGAUGCUUGGGCUCAUAUGGGUACCUGUACAGAGCAUGAGGCUAUUCUCGACUACUUCUAUGCAAAUGGAGGGAACUUUAUUGAUACUGCGAACAACUACCAGAAAGGGCGGUCUGAACGUAUCCUCGGAGAGUGGAUGGAGAAGCGAGGUGUGAGGGAUCAAAUGGUACUAGCUACCAAGUACACUACCCCCUAUAGAACAGGUUACGGCGAUAAAGAGAUCAUUGUCAACACAGGUGGAAACGGUACGAAAAGCUUGAAAAGUUCAGUGGAGCUGAGUUUGAAAAAUCUUCGAACUGAUUACAUUGACUUGCUUUACCUACAUUGGUGGGAUCACACCACUUCGAUUCCGGAAGUGAUGCAGUCUUUGAAUGACUUGAUUGUUGCAGGCAAAGUACACUAUCUGGGCGUCUCAGAUUGUCCGGCUUGGAUAGUCUCCAAAGCGAACCAGUAUGCACGUGACCAUGGCUUGAGACAAUUCUGUGUCUAUCAGGGCAACUGGUCCGCUGCAACGCGAGACUUCGAGCGAGAUAUCAUUCCAAUGACCAUUGCUGGCCACUUCAAGACGGACGAGCAACGUGCUGCAACCAAGAAAGACGGCCGAAAUUUCAUGCCACCAACUGAACACAUCCUCUCCGUAUCCAGAGCCCUUGAAGCUAUAGCCAAGAAGAAAAACACCGAGAUCACCAGUAUUGCUCUUGCUUAUGUGGUGCAGAAGAGACCUUACGUCUUCCCAAUCGUAGGCGGAAGGACAAUGGCGCACUUGAAGUCAAAUGUCGACGCACUAAGUCUGGAAUUGACUAAGGAGGAUAUGGAUGAGAUUGAGAAGGCGAGCCCGAUUGACUUGGGUUUCCCACAUUCGAUGAUCUCGCUUGCAAUCGCUCCUCGCAAGCUGUAA